AUGGGGCUCUUCAGCAGCCGUCGACAGACGACGACACCCCCACAACCUCCACCGAUGAUCGCGACAGCAUCUCAGCCUCAGUUUAAUGCUACCCCUCCAGCAUACCACUCCAUCCCGGCAUACGGCGACGUUCUAGGAGGUUACAGCCAAGCACAAAACCUGUCACAACAGACAGCCAGUUUCGAGCAAGGGAACUACUCGCCUGGUGCCCAUGCCAUUACCCUUCAACGAUCGAUCGACCAGGACGCUGUGGAUGAACAGUUCAGCAAUAUAAUUGCAGGCAUUGAUGAAGAUAGGUGGAACGAGAACGACGACGAUUUCUCGAUCAUAUUAUCGGAAGAUGCAGGUCAGAGCGCGCCUCGAUCCGUGGAAACAACAAGAGCUGUGACGCAGAACAGAGCAGAACGGAAACGACCACAGCCAAAUCAGCGAUGUACCCAGAAGAUCACGAUAUGGUCCAAGGUUUCCUUUUACAACAACUCGAAGCUACCUUCAGACCUACCUCCGCUGCGCGUGUAUAUUCCCACGUGGCCACUAAUAUGUCUUGCAGCUCAAUAUUCAGCCAACGCGUACAAGUCGUUAAAUUCUUCGAUGGGCAGGGACGCGUUUGUAUCAGCCGAUCCACGUUUGGGCACAAAGGCCAUGGUGAUUAAUUCUGUACCGUGCGACGACAAGAAGACCUUGGUCUUUGCUAUCCGUGGCACGAGUACUCUCAGUCUCAGAGACUGGAACGUGAACUUACAAACUGCCCCUAUAAGUCCAGCCGGAUUCCUCGACGAUGAAGGUAAUCUCUGCCACGCAGGUUUUCUCAAAGUUGCCAAAGCCAUGAUCAAACCAAUCGCAAUGCGACUGAGAAGUCUGCUCGAGGAGAACCCGAGCCGCGCAAGCUGCAGUCUGCUUAUUACUGGCCAUUCUGCUGGUGGCGCUGUUGCUGCUCUACUGUAUUCACACAUGCUCAGCUCGAUACGGAGUGAGCUUAGUAUACUGACUGGUUGCUUCAAGAGGAUACAUUGUGUCACCUUUGGAGCACCGCCAGUCACACUUCUACCACUGGCGAAACCAGAUGUUAAGAAUUUCCAAAAGUCUCUGUUCUUCAGCUUCAUCAAUGAAGGUGAUCCGGUUGUGAGGGCAGAAAAGGCAUAUAUGAGAAGUUUGGUAGACCUGCUUUCAUCGCCACUACCAAUCUCGUCAAAGCCAGAUCAGCGGAUGCGGGUGACUGCUGGCACAACCAUGACGUGUCUGCAGAACUCAAUGUCAAAGCUCGACUUGACAAUACCUAAAAUGGAGCUCACCAAUCCUUGCAGCCAGGCUGUGGCUAAUAGGCUAGUGAACAAAUGCAGUCUCUUAGGCUACUUACAGCAAGACACCAGUGUGAAACCAUCAGCACAAUUCCAGCAGCAGCUAAGCACACGUCCGCAGCCAAACAUCUGGUUAGUGCCCCAGGCGACAUUGUCCAAUGCAGGAAGACUAGUCUUGAUGCGUGCUCCUGCUCAGCCAUCCUCGUCAGGCGAAAAGAGCAGUUCGGCUAUGCAAAGAGUAACUUCUCAGAGAUGGGAGAAAGACAAUCUCAGCAAGGUAACAGUCCAUACUGUCACCGAUGCACAGUUAAGGAACGUUGUUUUUGGGGAUCCAGCAAUGCACGCUAUGGAAGUGUAUCUUAGACGUGUUGAUAUGCUGGCAUUGAAGGCCGUGACGGCUCGUGGCUAA